AUGUACGGGCUGAAGCUGGAUAGCGACCCCCCUAUAGAGCCAGACAAGGCUAUCGAGCCACCCUCUGCACUACGCAUCGUCUCAAAGCACCAGCCCGCUCUGGACGCGAUCGAAUUUUCCAUUACGUUCGGCCGCUGCGGGAGCUCGAGGAAGAUGUUCGCGGCCGUCGCAUUCCCUGCCGUCGCGGACCGGAGCUUUGCAAAGCCUGCUGCUCAGGGCGACAAACGUCGGCUGAAUACAAGCUGGUCUUCGCCGUCCCCCGCGGCUCCCCAUUUCCGAGGUCCGGGUUUGCGAUCCCCACAAAUCUGUCCCAAAACGAAAACACAUGUUCACAUCAGCUCCUGGAAGACUAGGUCGACCUACUACGUCUGUGAGAAGAAGGAAGUCCGUCUAAGCGUUACACCCUGGCCGGCUGCUGAUUCCUACUGUCUGGAUAUCGGGCUGGAGGGCGAGUACUUUUCCUCCCUGCAGAAGCUCCAAGCUGGCCAGGCUCGAGGGCAGGCCCGGCCCCAGCCGACGGGCACUUCGCGGCAGAUCUCACCAGCGUUGCCAAACUCAUCUGUCACGAUGCCCAACCCUGAGACGACUGCUCUGAAGGGCCAAUCUCAAGAUUCCCCAUCGCGACGUCUUCCCAGGCAUGACUCACUGACAUCCCGCCGGCCCCGGGAUGUACAUAUGGAAGCAAACCUGCAGGCGAAACUCGUGUCUGCUAGUGGCGUUACACCUAUGGCUCCGCCAGCUCGUAAUCUGAAGCCUCGCGUCCGGGCUACGACUGUCUCCGCUCCUUGGCAACCACCACUGCUGUACGACGACCGCGGGCCAUCGAUGUUCCCAGCUGGGGCCAAGGACACCAAAACGGCAGGGCUGAGUGGAGGCCUCUUUGGGAGGGUGCCCUUCAAGUUAGCACCGCGCGAAUUCUUACUGGCUGCUUCACGUCCUAGGUCUUUGACAAUUUUGUCCGCUAACAUGCUGUACACCCUCGUGAACCUGGUCUCGGCUUUCUACUAG